UCAUUGACUUUUUUGUUUUUCAAAGGCAUACAUCAAGACUUGUAGCUCUUGUAAGCACAUAGGGAAACAUUUUUUAACAACAUGUUAGAGUUAAAUCUAUGUUUGUAAAUUUCUUUUAGACUAGAACGUAUUUCAUCUUCAUAAUAGUACAAAAAGGAUCCAGUUAACCUAGUUCCAAGUGUUCUAAUAGAGAAACACAUAGGCGCAGUGACAAGUUACAACUUUAAACUGUUUUACAUUGUUAAAGAGCGUGUUGUAGGCAGGUGUCAGUUAAACUCUUACUGGCAGAAGGAACUAUAUCUUUAAUGUAGAGCAGAUUUAGUGAUAUAUUGGAUCUCCUAGUUUCAGAACAAAAUCACUGAGCAUGGUGAACAUUUAUUACAAAAACCUCCCUGGCAGUAAAAUCUUGCCCUGUGAUUUUUUAUUCCUUCUGUGUAAUUACCUUUAAUUUAAAUUGGGAAAUAAUAAAAAGUAUUCUUUGCAGCAUAAAAAGUAUUCUUUGCAACAUUAACACUAUACUUUGUAAAACGAUUCCUCAUCAAGGUAAUAAGAUUAGAAAGUUUUUAUUUUUUUAUUUUUUCAUUAAGUAGCUUAGAGAGACCUGCUGCUCUUUUGGAGCAAGGCUUUGAAUUGUUGGCUUAAAGAAAGAGCAAUACAGCACUUGUUUCUUGUUGGAAAAUCUUAAUUUCUUGGUACCAUAGUAAGUACUGAAUUAAAUACUUGUUGAAAUAUUAUAGUACAUAAAUUAAGGAAUAGUUACGAGUUCUCAUUCCGAAAGAUUUAUUUUUGAACAGUGGCUUUUUGACUGUCAAUUAGAUGCGUGUCAUGAUAUUUUUAUAGUACCUAAAAGUAACUUUACAAGUAACGGUCCCAUCUGUCAGACACUUUAAUUGUCCUCUGACUUUUAUCUACCAUAAAAAUUAAGGGAAAUUCGCCCAAGGAAAUGGUCUGGCUUCUCCUCAAAUUCAAUGUCAGUGUAAGAUAAGAGUCAAGUGAAAUACAAUGAAACAUGAGAGUUAGGUGUUUUGAGUUAAUCUUGCUGCUGGUUGAAUAAAAGUUUUAUUUUUGCUAAUAAGAAUCUCACUUAUCACUGUGUUUCAUCAGGUUCAAAUACCUAACCCAAUCCAUUUCAGACUAAACAGGGCUAACACCUGUAUCUAGUCACGUAGGCAUAGGAAGUUGCUCACUGCUUCAUUGAUGCAAUUCCAGUUGCUUUGCAUAUUUCUUCCUAUGUCUAUUUGUCAUGAUACUGGGGCUUUAAGGAAUGUUUUGGCUUUUCUCAUGUGGUUAAACCUUAUGAGCCUUUCUUAAUUCAACGUUAACUACCUGGUGAAUAGUUGUCCGAAGGACACCUCAUCCCUUAGUCUCUCUCCUUUCCCUUUUGCGGUGUUGGGGAAGCAUGCUUCUCAUUGUACCAGAUGCAUAACCAGUUUGGACUUUACCCCAAAUAUUCAAGGCAUUAUCCAUGCAGUUAUUUGCUCUUGUCAAUUUUGUGCAUGCUUUUUGGAAGGCGUCUGAUAGUUGUGGAAAAGGAAACUUUCUGACUUCAGAUUCUGUCUUUUAGAUUAAGAAGUGUAAAAAUGGAGCAGAGGAAACUGAAUGACCAAGCAAAUACCUUGGUGGACCUGGCAAAGACCCAGAAUAUCAUGUAUGACAUGAUUUCCGACUUAAAUGAAAGGAGUGAAGACUUUGAAAAGAGGAUUGUUACUCUGGAAACAAAAUUAGAGACUCUGAUUGGUAGCAUCCAUGCCCUCCCUGGACUCAUCAGCCAGACCAUCAGGCAGCAGCAGAGAGACUUCAUUGAGACUCAGAUGGAGAGCUACGACAAGCACGUCACCUACAAUGCUGAGCGGUCCCGGUCCUCAUCCAGGAGGCGGCGGUCCUCCUCUACAGCGCCACCAACUUCAUCAGAGAGUAGCUAGAAGAGAAUCAGUUAACCACAAAAUAAGACUUUUUGCCAUCAUAUGGUCAAUAUUUUAGCUUUUAUUGUAAAGCCCCUAUGGUUCUAAUCAGCGUUAUCCGGGUUCUGAUGUCAGAAUCCUGGGAACCUGAACACUAAGUUUUAGGCCAAAAUGAGUGAAAACUCUUUUUUUUUUUUUCUUUCAGAUGCACAGGGAAUGCACCUAUUAUUGCUAUAUAGAUUGUUCCUCCUGUAAUUUCACUAACUUUUUAUUCAUGCACUUCAAACAAACUUUACUACUACAUUAUAUGAUAUAUAAUAAAAACAAAAGUUAAUUUCUGCACAUA